AUGCAGAUUUUCUUUUUCCCCACCUGCACGGGCCGUCGAUUGUGGGGUGGGACAUUAGUGAUCGAGCCGGGCGCCGUCAUUGGCCUUUGCGAACCCGGUCGGCGGGGCGGGCGCCGACUUCAGCGCGGUUCUCUCCUAGUGUUACAACACUCAGCAAGAGCUCCCCGUCUCCUUUACUGA